CGUAUUACACUAGUCUUAUACAAUGCCUUUCAAGAGAAGAAAUCACGGACGUUCUAAGAAAGGAAGAGGUCAUGUAAAACCUGUUCGAUGCACUCACUGUGGUCGUUGUGUUGGAAAAGAUAAGGCCGUAAAACGUUUCCAGGUCCGAAAUAUUGUGGAUGCGUCUUCGCAGAGAGAUAUUCGCGACGCCUCGGUUUAUGAACAAUAUACGCUUCCUAAGCUUUACAUUAAGCAGCAGUACUGUGUGUCCUGUGCUGUACACGGUCGUAUUGUGCGUGCUCGUAAGGUUGAGGACCGUCGCAUUCGCGAGUACGUGCGUCCUCAGUUUAAGGGAGAGCGGAAUUAGGCUGUUUAUUGGAUUAGUGAAUAGGAUG